GGCUGAAGAGCAGGGAGCGGAAACAGCACGAGUUUGCUGGUGUUCCUUUGCAACUCAAUUGUGUUUCUGCUUCACCCAUCAUGGAGACACCUCUGCUUCCCAGAGAAUCUGGGCGGUUUAUAGCAGAGCAAAGUGGAGAUGUUUUUGUGGAGGACACAGGAGUGCAGAAGGUGGCAGAGAUGCUCUACAGUCUCCGACACACCGAAGCUCUGACGGCCGAUUACUGGAAGGUGUCAAAUCCAUUGGCCCCAGCACCCACGUCUGACCAGGGGAUGAACUGGGUGUUUGUGGUGGACACAAUGAACUUCUCUUUUUGGCCAGAGAAAGAGACUCAACAAUGUGAAGUGACUUAUAAAGGCAGAACACACAUGGGUUACAUGACCCUGUGUGCUUCCAUCACCAGGGCGAUGGAGGAAGGUAUACCCAUUACUGAUGCAAAGUACUUCUCUCAGAUGAGUCUGGAGGAGCUGGGACAUGUGCUACGAUCAGACAAUGAAACACCCAUGCCGAUGCUUCAGGAGCGUCACCAGGCGUUGACAGAAGGUGGCCGCGUGCUGCUGGAAUAUGGUGGAACUUUCCAGAGUUUUAUUAGUCAAGCUGGGAACGACGCCCAGAAGAUGGUCGAGCUCAUUGUGGAGAAGAUCCCGUCCUACAGGGACGAAGCCACUUAUGAGGGGAAAAUAAUUUCAUUCUUCAAGCGAGCUCAGAUCCUGGUGGCAGAUUUCUGGGCUGUCAUGGAGGCCAGAGGACAGAGAAACAUCAUUAACAUGGACUGGCUCACCAUGUUUGCAGACUACAGGGUUCCUCAGGCUCUUGUCUACCUAGGAGUGAUGAGAUACUCUGACACACUAAUGCAAGCAUUGAAGAACGGAGAACUGCUGUGUUCAGGAGACCGCAGAGAGGUUGAGAUCCGAGGUUGUUCGAUUUGGUCAGUGGAGCUGAUCAAAGAACAUCUUCGGAAGCUGGUGCAGGAGAGAGAUGGACAGGCCUGCAGUGUGAACUCCACAAUCAUCGACUUCUACUUGUGGCCUUAUGCAAAGCAGCACCACAAAGAGAUGGCCCACAUUCCCAUACAUCACACACGCUGCAUUUACUACUGAUAAGCUAGUUGACUGGCAUGCCUACAGUUGGCUGCACCUUGCACUUUGCAGCCUUGAUACUGGAUUCUGUACAAACAGGCUUCUCUAUGACUAUAACGUAGUUGUAAGAAGUAUAAAACUGUUGUCACAGUAAAGUUAAUUAUAAUGUUUAUUGUACAUAAUAUGGAGCUUUCUAACGAACCAUUUUAUUGUAAGUAAUCAUAAUGUGGUUUACUAUGUAUGCUGUAUUAUGACUCAUGCUGUAAAGAAUAAAACUAAUCAAUCA